CUGCAUCAAUAUGUCAUCACAAAGCGUCUGUUGGAGGCUCGCACCGAUAAAUAAAGGGAUUAGCUUCGAUUUUAAAACAUUUUUUCUCUCUCUCUGGGGUCACUUCCAGCAAAAAAUGUCACUGUAAAGUCAGUUUUAAAUUCACUUAUAUUUGCCCGAGACGACGGAACAGCUCGGGUUAGCGUCGGGCUCGCACUGGAAAUCUCAAUUUGGGCACCGAGACUUUGGGUUAAUGGAAGACAGAGGCUUACACUGAGCCACCGUGUUAGGCACCCCUGCUGCUGUCUGGGUUCAUCUUCAGGACUAAAAGUUUGUUUCAGCCAACAUGUCAGCGCAAAAAGACUGUGAGUUCUUGGUGAAGAGAGCCCGGGAGCUUGUCUCCGAGGACCCGUGUGCGGCUAAAGCCUGGCUCAUCACCGCCCGGACCCUCUACCCCGCCGACUUCAACAUACAGUAUGAAAUGUACAUCAUCGAGCGGAAUGCAGAGAGGACAGCAUCGGCUGGCAGACUGCUGUACGACAUGUUUAUAAACUUUCCAGAGCAGCCCAUUGUGUGGCGUGAGAUCAGUGUCAUCACAGCUGCCCUGCGCAGUGACUGUCAGGACAAACAUGCGCAGUUCCUACGAGGGCUUUUCGAGACGCUGCCUGGCCGCGUGCAGUGUGAGAUGCUGCUGAAGGCCACAGAGCAGUGUUUCAACACUUUGGAAAAGGCUGAGAUGCUGCUGCUCCUCCUUAAGCGCUUCCCAGAGUCUGUGGUCCAACAUGGGGUCAAUCUGGGAGAGACACUGUUGGAAGCAGAGGCGUCAGAAAACUUGGAGACUCCUGUCAAUUGCUUUAGAAAACUUUUCGUGUGUGAUGUCCUUCCUUUGAUUAUAAACAAUGUGGACAUGCGCUUGCCAGCCAGCCUGCUGCAGAAGUACAUGCUGAAAGCAGCUGAAUUCUACAUUGGCUAUGUCACCCGUGGACCCUCACCUGACGGACAGAUGCAGGGCUCUCAGGAAGUGGGGUCUCUAAAGUCCCCUGGAGUGUCUCGUGGCUCCCAGCGUUAUGUGAUCGACGGCCUGUCGGAGAAGUCCUCGGUGGUGGCCGAACCGUGGGAGAGGCUGCUCGAUAUCCUUGCGGUUGUGGGUGCACGCUGCGAGUGGCAGGGUGACAAGGGACAGAGGAGUUACGUGGACAUGCUGCAGAGGGUGAAGGAGCUGUGCUGCUACCUGCCUGGUCUGGAGGGAGAAACCAGGUCCCGUUGCUGCAGCCAGGUGGUGAUCUGUGCUGCGCUCGUCCUGUUCCGCAGUGCCUUCCUCUACGUCUCUACUGUGCAGCCUGCGCUCUUCCAGGGUGUGAAUGCAUUGAGUUCAGGGCCAUGGAUCCUUCUGGAGGAUCUGAGUUCGGUGUACAGUGAUGUAGAGGUGGAGCGAGGAGCCGUGAAACAUGCGCAUAAGAAACGCAAAUUGGCAGAUGGGAGAGAGAAGACGAUGAGCUCAGAUGAUGAGGAAGGUUUGAGUAAGGGUCGCGGUCGACACAUUUUGGUGAACAAGACUGAGAUGCCCAGCUGGUCGGAGACUCUGGACAGCUUCCGCACAGCGAGGGAGAGCUGGGACCUCCUCCACUCGCACGACGGCCUGGAGACUGAGUUCAAGAAGAUUUGUGCCUCAUGGAAGACAGACAGCUGGCUGUGGUUCAGAAUAUUCCUCACUGACAUGAUCAUAUACCAGGGUCAGUACCGUAAGGCUCUCUCCAGCCUGCAUCAGAUGACUGCGGUGCAGCAGCCUCAGCCUGGGCAGCAAAGCCCCUCAGGUCAAGCCAGCCUGGAGCACCACAGGGCUCUCAUACAGCAGGCCUCCUGCCACUAUGCACUGGGAGAAUACAGGAUGGCCUGUGAGAAGCUGCUUGAUGUUGUCAGUGGGCUGGUGCCCCCAAAUCAGGAGCCAGUGAAGACCCCUGAGGAGCAGGGAAAAGUCAAGAGCAAAACAAGGAAAGGUAAUGACCUGAGAUUGCUUCCCUGCACCAGUAAGGCCAUCUUGCCCUUCUGUCUACAGCUGAUGCUGGCCUGCUUCAAACUCCGUGCCUUCACAGACAAUCGUGACGACCUGUCCCUUGGUCAUGUGGUGGUGCUCCUGCAGUAUGACUGGCCACAGGGUGAGAUGCUGUUUCUGAAGGCAGUGGAUAAGAUCUGCCAGCAGGGCAGCUUCCAGUAUGAGAAUUUCUUCAACUAUGUCACGAACAUUGAUAUGCUUGAGGAGUUUGCCUACCUGCGUACUCCAGAAGGAGGGAGGAUCCAACUCGAGCUGCUACCCAAUCAGGGAAUGUUAAUCAAGCACCACACAGUGACUCGAGGAAUCACCAAAGGAGUGAAGGAGGAUUUCCGUCUGGCCAUGGAGAGACAGGUGUCACGCUGUGGGGAGAACCUGCUCAGUGUCCUCCACCGCUUCUGCAUCAAUGAGAAGAUCAUCAUCAUCCAGUCUCUUCCUUGACACCGGGCUCUUUACAUUUGAACACUUAAAGCUGAUAUUCCUGGCAUAAUGGGUCUAGAGAACAAAAAGUCUGGAACAUACUUUGUGUUUUUAUACAGAUGGAAUGACUAUUCAAUGCCAGCAGCUCUCCUUGAACAACUUUAGAAACCAACACAGGACAGAGACCAUUUUCUACAUUUCCUGUCUUUACCAUUCAUCUCUGAUGGACUCUUAUGUAAGAAUAUACCUAUUCCAUCUCUCUUGCCUUAAAAUUGGAUCACUGCUUUCAGACAGAUGGAAGAAGUGCAGAUUCCCUGAAUUUAAUUGUGUAAGUUUUGGCCAUGUUCAUACUAUAUAGUAUGUGUAGUUUUCUUAUGCUCUUUGGAAAAAAUGGCCUGUCAAUAUAUUUUGAUUUUGUGAGUAGUUUGUGUUCAACCAUAUCUCAUGACAUUGGAACCCAAUUUGACAUUGUUGAGGUACUGAAUAUUGAUGAAAGAAAAGCAAGCACAUUUCUGGUAUUGUUAAAAAAAAAAAAGAAGAUUUAUUGAUUUUUUUUUUUGUUACAGGCUUGAUCAAACAGUUCAUAUGAUUGUUUUCAUUAAACAAAACUGACUGGUUUGAAGAAA